CAUUAUAAAUUAUUGUAGUAGUGUAUUUCGUGUCAAUUUUGCUCCAUUCUGUGUUAUUUAUUUAUAAUUUAUCAUUCAUCUAUAAUGACGCACUAUUUUAAAUAGGCGUAAUAUGAUAGUUAUAACCGAGAAUUGAUUUAUUGGUUUACUUGACGCACCUUUGAGCCUCGUCAAUUGUAAUGUCAAAUCCAACAUUUUUACAGGAAAAAGUGUGCGCAAAUUUUCACAAUUUUAACUCAACCAUUUAAGCAUGAUAUUUCCGAAAUAAUUUGCUCUUCCAUCGUCAUUUCUGUUUUAAUAUGCUGAUAAUAAUCUGAAACUCAGCAGGAAUGUGCAUUGCCAUAAUGACGCAUUAUAAUGAUCUCUUACCUUUCCGAUGGAUGCAACACUCCUGCUUACUUUAAAGUAAAUUACUAAACUUUAGGAGACCAUUGCUUUCUGUACUGCACACCUGCUGCAACGUUUUUUUUUCUCUUCCUGCCUUAUAGCAGCAGGAGAGGGAGGGCUUGUCAUGUAGAGGCUCAUUAAAACACCGCCGGCUAAAAGUUGGCGGAUUGAUUUAUUGAAUGAAUGUUUGAUGUCCUCAUUCACACAAGUGACCUGGCCGAUCACUGGGGAGGGGGGAGGUGGAGCAGGAGAACAGGGUUACACGGGAUAUAUAUUAUGUUAUAUUGUUUAUUUUUUUUAAAUGUAUUGAUUAUAUUGUAUUGAUAGUGCUCAGCUCAUAAUGCUUCUUAGUGCUAAGAUAAUCCAAUAUAGAGCGAGGCGGAGGUAAUUGACCUCAUGCUGAUAGAAGUGCUGCAAAUAGAAGAAGCAGAAAAAAACAGCUAAGCCGGGGGCGGAUGACUUCAUGAGUGGCAGGUCAUCGCCUUGAUGCUUCACAAAGAACAUCAAAAACAACAGCGAGGCCUUUGGACUCAAGGUCUGGUGUCACUGGAGCGCCUCUCCGCGGGAGAACAGUCCGAGACGUGCAUCAUGCUUGACGGCAUAAAAAUUGAAGAUCAUCCCCUGCGAUCGGGACAAGCCACGCUCGGAGUCAUACUCGGGACUGACUGUCAUCAUCCAUCAGUGUGUGAAGGAUGCCAGCGUCCCAUCUCCGACCGCUUCUUGAUGAGAGUCAACGAUUCCUCAUGGCAUGAGGAGUGUUUGCAGUGCACCGUGUGUCAACAGCCCCUCACCACCAGCUGUUACUUCAGAGAAAGGAAACUUUACUGCAAACACGACUACCAACAGUUGUUUGCCACCAAGUGCAGCGGCUGCAUGGAGAAAAUCGCCCCCACAGAGUUUGUGAUGCGCGCCCUGGAGUGCGUCUACCACCUGAACUGCUUCUGCUGCUGCGUGUGCGACCGGCAGCUGAGGAAGGGCGACGAGUUUGUCCUGAAGGAGGGUCAGCUGUUGUGCAAGAUCGACUACGAGAGGGAGAAGGACUUACUCAGCUCGGUUAGCCCCGAUGACUCAGACUCAGAGAAAAGUGACGAUGAGGAGUUGGACAUCAAGCCGGAGAAAGGCAUAGGAGGCCAGGGGAAGGGAGAUGACGGGAAGGAUCCCAGGAGGCCCAAAAGACCACGAACUAUCCUGACCACUCAACAGAGACGGGCCUUCAAGGCCUCCUUUGAGGUGUCCUCAAAACCCUGCAGAAAGGUGAGGGAGACGCUGGCUGCUGAGACAGGACUCAGUGUCCGGGUGGUGCAGGUGUGGUUUCAGAACCAGAGAGCUAAGAUGAAGAAGUUGGCAAGAAGACAGCAGCAACAACAAGAACAACAGAAUUCUCAGAGGCUUGGCCAAGAGGUAAUGUCCAAUCGGAUGGAGGGGAUGAUGAACUCCUUCACACCACUGGCUCCGCCGCAGCAGCAGCUGGUCGCCAUGGAUCAGAACGGUUACAGCACAGACCCGUUCCAACAGGGGCUCACCCCCCCACAGAUGCCCGGGGACCACAUGAACCCAUAUGGUAAUGAUUCUGCAUUCCAUGACAUAGACAGCGACACGUCUUUAACCAGCCUCAGUGACUGCUUUAUGGCAUCGUCGGACGUCAACUCCAUGCAGGCCCGCGUGGGGAACCCCAUCGACCGCCUCUACUCCAUGCAGAACUCUUACUUUGCAUCAUGAAAGAGAAAAGUGGAAAAAAAAACAUCAGCACAGAAUAAACUGCCCAUCUCAACCUAAAGCCAAUGGCCAGGAGUUUCUACACCAACAUGGACACAAAGAAGAAACCUUGCAGUAGCUCCUGGUUAUGUGCUGAAGCUUACUCAAAGAUAGUAAAACCACUUGUUGUAGGACAGUGAAGAUUCCUGGGGAAAAAGACUUAAAUAUUGUUAGAGAUUAUUCGGUAGGAUUGCUUAUCUGUCACAGGAGAUAUUACUCUUUUCUUUGUUCACUUAAAGAAAACAAGUAGAUAUUUGAAGCCACUGAUUACACACUCUCAAACCAAAUAACACAGUGAAUUUAUACAGUGCAUGAUCAAUUGUAAACUAAAACUUUUUGUAAGCCCCUGCCCCUGGUUAAGAUGUGGUGUUUGGACUGUUUCUUCUUUACACUACAUGGAUUUCCAUGUUCACCGUUAGCAUUUUGAUCACUUUCAAUAGGUUUAGAUAUUGUGUUAAUAGUAAAUAGGUGCAGCAUGUCUGCACUGUACAUUUGUGUAUGUAUGUAUGAGAGUUUGUGGUGAGAAAGAAUUGUUUAGAGGAGAAAAAACGGCGGAGAAAUUGUUGGACAAGUAGGAACAGUGAAGUGUAAAUACUUUCCCCAGGCAAAUUGGAUGUGCAUGUUACAAAAUGGAAAGCAUUUCUAUUUAUUUAACUAUAACAGGCUCUUGAAGGUGCAUAUUAAAACUGAAAAGCUUUAUUUAAAAAGGAGAGCAUUUUUUGUUGAGCAAUUAGUGAGUUCAUGAGUGUCACAGCUCAUCUGUAUGCCUUUUUAAUAUGAAGAUUAACCCUUUUGUUUCAUUUUUUUUCUUCAGCCAAGCUGUAAAUGAGCAAUGUUGCUAUUUAUUUCGUACAGACCAUAAACCUUUUGUUGUCAUUGUCAUAUGUGCAUUCUCAAAAUGUUAAAAGUUGCUAAUUGACCAAAGUUGACUGGUUUGAUGAAUAAACAAUGUCUUUCUCCUGAUAACAUUAAAUAAAUGCCAUUCAGUGAUCAUUUACAUGGUAACAUGUCAAGUCCCAAAUACCACCUGCUCAUGUGAUCUCAGCUCAUGACAUCAGGAUCUGUUAGCCUUUCUAGCAGCGUGGCUUGGGAUAACAGUGUUGGUCUGUCGGUCGGUGGGCUGUAACUAUUGAAUGUAUUUGGUACAGACAUUGAUGGUCCCCAGAGGAUGAAUCCUAAUGACUUUGGUGAUCCCCUGACUUUUCCUCUGGCAUCAAUACUGUAAUGCAGGGGUUCCCAACAUUUUUGUCAGAGUACCCCCACAGCCCUUUCUGAAGUACCCCUUCAUCAACACUAAACAUCAUGUUCCAAACAUGUUCAUUUGAAUAUAAUAAACUGGAUAU